CAUUACAGCGGAAGGAGUUAGGAAGAUGGCACUGAUACUGCAGGUCGUGGCCAUAAUGAUCUGCCUUAUUUCUUUUGGAGAGUGUGUGCACGUACUUUUGGGGGACCCCGUUACGUUUCCAGAGAUUGAAAACUGUCCGAUCAACGAUUCGGGGAAACUUUCCAAGGUCGAAAACCACCGCAUCUCCCCGGUGGCUGUUCGGGAACGAGGUGUUUGGAAGCCGGUCGGGAACUACGAGGACCGGGGGAUUCACGGCGCGCCCUUUGCCUUCAACAGCACCGUUUACACCGACACGGGACUCUAUGAGUUAGGAUGCGGCGGCCGGGAGCACACCAUCCACCUGUCUGUCCUCAUAGGCUUUGAAGAGUCAGUCUCCGAGGGGGGGCCGGCCAAACUCUUGUGCUACUACACCAAAGUUCAACAUGUGCACUCUAUCCGGUGGGAAAAGGGCCAAGAGACGGUGCUGGAGCUGAAUGUGUCCUCUGGAGAGGUCACAUACGGCCCAGCAUCUGAUGGGACCCAGUCUCUGUCCCCCGAUGGGAAACUAGGCGACUACUCGCUCCUUUUCAACCGGGUGCUGCCGGAGCACCCCGGUGAUUACUUCUGCUCGGUGCGCACUAACGGCGCGCGACAAGGCUGGGGAGAUCCCGCUGCUGUGAGGUUGAGGAUCAGAAGUUCCCCGGAUCGGACGACGCCUACUGAGGUGGUGGAAGAAGUAGGAUCCACAACUUCUACUGAGACAAAGAGCACAACUGAAGAGGAGCAAAUUGGAACUUGGGCCGCCGUGGCCAUAACAGCAGCUGUGGUGUUUGUGAUAGUGGCUCCUUCAGUUCUUCUCCUUCGCUGGUUCCUGAAGUCCACCUGCUCCAGAACCAGGACCACAUACCGUGGUGAAGGAAAUGCAGAUGAGGGGCUACUGAACGGUAACCCCCUCAAGCCAAUGAGUGCACUAGCUCUCAAGUCUAAAGACAACCACAUAUGAAGAAUAAUUGUAUUCUCAACAUUUUUAAAGUCAGGUAAACAUUUGUGUAUAUAUAUAUUUUUAAGCGGAUAUUUAGAAAGACAUUGAAGAUUGAACAUUUUUAGAAAUGAUCAAGAGUUUCCAUGAAAUGUUGGUGUGUUAAAUGGACCACAGACAAUGAUGGGACACACCGAUUUGAUCCUCCACGUCAUUCUUGUUGCAACACUGCAUCCUCACUGACAAGUGGUUUCUGCAUUAGUACUUGGGACAUCUUGAGCCACCAGAGGAAGAGAAUAUAGUGUUACCAACACCAAGACCACCACCACCAAGACCCCCACCGCCAAGACCACCAUCGCCAACACAAGACCACCACCUGUACAAGGGAAUCCACAUAGUCAUACAGGGACAGACUGCUGUCCCUCCCCUCUGCAAGAACAGGACUAUUACAUGUUCAUGUUGUGGACUGUUCUGUAAGAACAACUUGAGGACAUUAUUUAUGGAGUACUCAAUCAGCACUUUGCAUAUUAAAUAAAAAAAUAGAAGUUUGUGUGCAACUUAGUGUGUACAUAUGGAUUUAUAUGCUCUGUCUUUUUAUAGAUGAAAUGUCAUUUUGUGGAAAGGUUAUUGAUGUAAUUUGACAGUAUCCACAUGGAAACUUUGUUAUAACUUUUACUGUUUUUUAUGUUUUUUUUCUUCUGUGGACGGGGUUUCCAAGUGCUUAAACCAAUCUAAAUAAUGAAUAUAGUGUCUGAAUGUCUAUGGAAGAAUCUAGUCGACACCGUGGAGCACUUUAGGAUGUCUCUUGUCAAAUUAACAAUAAAUUAAUGGCAACAAUGAUCCUGUA